CCGUUGUUAUUCUGGAAAUAAUUAUAGAAAGUGAGCAGGGCAACACAAAACAUCUGCCUACGAGCUAUGACGGAGGCUCGAGUCGAAGCCUAAAAGCUCCAGUGGAGAGAAACAUAGCGACUGCGUCUUUAUACUUCCUGGGUUGAGUCAACAUAUCGAAAUCUCACACCAAAUCCUCCUGUUACUUGCAAUUUCUUCAUCCUACUCAAAGAUCUAUGGAUCUGAGAAUCGAUGGAGAGAGAGCUGGUGGAGUUGUUUGAGGCCACGAAGAAAGCCGCUGAUGCCGCUGCCAGUGACGGAGUUUCCCCCAUUGGACCGGAGGUGGUGAGGUGCGUCGAUGCGCUCAAACAGCUCAAGAAGUUUCCGAUUACUUAUGAUAUUUUGGUAUCUACUCAGGUUGGGAAACGACUUCGACCUCUCACAAAGCAUCCUAGGGAGAAGGUCCAAACUUUGGUGUCUGACUUGCUCGAGAUUUGGAAAAAGAUAGUCAUUGAUGAGACCAGCAAAAAGAAAAAUGGCGCUGUUGAUAAUAAAAGUUCAGGGAAAGCUGAGAUUUCAAAGGUAGAGACUGUUAAAGUUGAGAAGGUUCAAAAAGCAGGCACAGUAAAGGUUGACAAGAUUGAUCGGGAAGAAAUUAUCAAAGUUGAAAAGGUUUCCAACGAGGAUAAACAUGCUUCUAAUGUGAAGAGACCAUCAGAAGCCCCUAUUGCUCCAUCAAAGCUGACUACAUUGGUGAAAUGUAAUGAUGCUUUGCGUGACAAAGUUCGUGAACUUCUUGUGGAGGCCUUAUCCAAAGUUACCAGUGAGGUUGAUGAGGAUGCCAGGGAUGAAGUAAGUGCGUGUGACCCAAUCCGAAUUGCUGUAUCUGUUGAAUCAGCUAUGUUUGAAAAGAUGGGUCGGUCAAAUGGAGCUCAAAAGGUCAAGUACAGAUCCAUUAUGUUCAAUAUGAAGGACCCAAAUAACCCGGAUUUGAGGAAAAAGGUUCUCCUUGGAGAGGUCAAACCAGAGAGGCUUAUCUCAAUGACCUCUGAAGAAAUGGCAAGCGCACAGAGACAACAUGAAAAUAACCAAAUUAAAGAGAAAGCAUUAUUUGAUUGUGAGCGUGGUGGUCCACCAAAAGCUACAACUGAUCAGUUUAAGUGUGGUCGUUGUGGUCAGCGCAAGACCACUUACUAUCAGAUGCAGACUAGGAGUGCAGAUGAACCCAUGACCACAUAUGUAACAUGUGUAAACUGCAACAACCAUUGGAAAUUCUGCUAGGGUACAUAGGUAGGAUUGCCAUUCGGUGAAACAAUUUGGAGCUGGUUAGCUGAUAAGCUCCUCUUUACUCAUCUUCAUUUGAGUUUUUGAUCAGAUGUCUACAUAAAAAAUCUUCUUUCAUAUCCAUUUACUGUAGGAAUAUUUGUUUUAAGAUCUAUCAAGGCUUCAGGUGAUUUCUUCUAAUGUAGGAUUAUUCCAGCUCUUAACAAGGGAACCUUCUGCUGAGCGCCUCAUACUGUGUUACUUUUUAUCUUUGUUAGCGUCUUUUACACUUAUUCCCUUUCAUUUUAUCAUGAUGAUUUGUACAAGUUACGAUGAAUGCAUUUUGUGAAUACUUUGGGCGCAAGCGUUCCAGCUUAACGGCCAAUGUUGUUCCAAGCAGAGUUGGGACAGGGGAGGCUACAGGCAACUUCGGUUUAUUGAAAUGCUAAUGUGAUUAGAGGAGAUGACAAUUUAUACGUUGUAUUUUAUAUAGAUGGUUUGCAUUUUUGUUUCUUGAAA